CAUCGAUCGACCAGCGUAACAAUCGGCAAUUCAGCACGCGACCAACGCAAGACUCAGCGUCUCGCUUGAACUUCCCGAGAUCAAUCUUUUACCACGCAUCUCUCAUCGCACAAAAUCAUCCGCAUCAAAGCUACCACUUCCCUCCCACGACGACCAAACCGCCGUCACAGUCCUCCUCCCACAUUCCUAAUCCCCGUUCGAAAAGAAUAAAAAGAUGGCCGAACGUGAAUUAACCGACCUCCUCCGCCACCUUAAAAGCAACCCCUCCGCCGACUACGCCUCCACCAGCGCCCUCCUCUCGCGCGCCAAGCUCCUCCUGCUCCAACUCAACGCCCUCACGCCUUCGGCCUCCACCCCGCCGCACCUCCUAGCCCUCGCCCGCGAGACCUACGAGCAAGGCGCGCUGGCCUCGAUCCGCGCCAAGAACCCAGACGCCUUCACGCGCUACGUCGCGCAGCUGCGUCCCUUCUACGAGCAGCUGCAGCAAACCUCAAACACAAGCAAUGAAGAGGUCGGGGAGCGCAACAAGAUCACGGGCCUGUACCUCCUCUUGCUGCUGACGCAGGGCUUGUACGGGGAGUUUCACAGCGAGCUGGAGGCGCUGGCGACUACUGCUGCUGGUACCACGGCCGGUGCUGGUGGUGCUGGUGCUGCGGCGGCGGCGACGCUUGGCGGGAGGAGACCGAGCGUGGAUGUCGAGGGGGACCGGUACCUGGGGUAUCCGAUCCGGCUUGAGCGGUGGCUGAUGGAGGGGAGCUAUGAUCGGGUGUGGAAAGCGAUGAAGAAGGGGGAGGUUCCGUGCGAGGAGUUUGGGGUGUUUUCCGAGAUCCUCACCUCGCAGAUUCGCUCCGAAAUCGCCUCUUCCAGCGAGCGCGCUUACCCGUCUCUUCCCCUCUCGUCGACCAAGUCGCUGCUCUUCCUCGAGUCGGAGGGCGCCGUCGUCGAGUUUGCACGCAGCCGCGGCUGGACCAUCAGAGACGGCCAGAUCUACUUCCCUUCCACGCAAGACACGGGCGAGGAGGAGCAGGAGAAAGAAUUCAGCCAAAUGGUGAUUGAGAAUACCCUGGGCUACGCCCGGCAGCUCGAGACCAUCGUUUAGAGGAGGAACAGGAGGAUGUGGGGUAUGGAUUUUGUAUUGAUAUGCCGAAUGGCCGCUCAUAGACCGCCAUCAGGGCGAGGAAGCCAUACCCGAUCAUAACAUGGACGUUGUAGGAUCAAGUUCAGAUGUUUUGGUCAAGUGCUACUUCUUUGCAAUAAAAACACUAAACUCAUACUUCACCAAACCAGAGAAAAGGCAUGCGCGCCUCGCCAUAAUCAAUUAUUUAAACCUCCAGACUUUUCCUCUCCUUGAAGCUCCCGAGGAGGAUCGUCGGCCGCGAUUCAUCAGGCGCCUCU